AUCACAUCAAUUCCAGGUGCUGCGCUAGAAGACUAUGUGGAUGAGUACUACUCAGUUGAGAAAUUCAAAGUUGCAUAUGAAGAUUCUAUCCCUAGUAUUCCUGACAAGUCCAUGUGGCCCAAAGCCACACAUGGCUUCUUCAUGCAUCCUCCAUUGCUUAAGGUAACUGCAGGAAGGAGAAAGAACAUGAUGAAAUCAGCUUUGGAGGGUGGUAGUAGCAGGAAGAAAUCUGCUACUGAGGGAGGUAAUGGCAGGAAGAAACAUGAGUGCCCUAUAUGCCAUCAGUUAGAGUACCAUUGGUACACCUGUAAGAAUGGAAAUCCAGAAAAUAUAGCUAUAAUGGAGGCUGCGAGGGGUCUACCAAAGAAAAGGUUCAAGAAAGCAACUCCUUGUAGCACAGAGACUAGCGUUUUUUGUGGCCACUCCAGCACUAGGGAUGGUCUUCCCACACAACAAGACAGUGGCCAAUGCUACACACCAGAAAUGCAAGAGAAAAUCAUCUACAAAAACUGGUGUCAGCAAAAAAAGGGCCACAAAACAGUACUUCAACAAGUACUGCAAAUACUUGGACUAGCAGAUCUGGAACUGGAUCCAAUGACCCUCUUCUUCUCCAAGCAUUGCACCCUGCCCCUGUUCAUCAAGACAUUGGAUCCUACGAAGCCUCAGCGGAUGUAACACAGAUACCAAGGAAGAAACGUGCCAUUAAGAAGCUCACACCAAAGAGGGCUCCAGCCGGUCCAGCUAGCCCAGCUGCAAAUACCAGAAGGAAGAAGAAACUGCAGCUUGAAUAAAGUGUGAUUCCUGAGUGUUGUUUUGAGAGUACUUUUCCUAUGUGAUGAGGCAUUAUAUUCUUUUGGCAUGCCCAGUACUUUUGGUCUGCAGAAACUACUUUUUCUUUUGCUUUGAUGCUGCUUUUAUGCAAUAUUUAUGUAACUUAAGACACUUGUGGUUUGGAUAUCCAGUAUUUAUGUGAUGAAAACCACUCAACCUA